CGAAUCUCUGAAACACCCCGUUCACUAUACAACCAUGACACGCCCAGCGCUUCGUAUCGCGAUAGUAGGAGGGGGACCAGGCGGUCUCACUCUAGCUUCCAUCCUCCACCACACAUCCCACCUUCCCUCCUCUCCCCUCCGCGCCGCCUCCAUCUCCAUCACUGUAUUCGAAAUGGACGCGUCCAGCACAUCUCGCCAGAGCCAGGGAGGCAUGCUCGACAUCCACCGCGCCUCUGGCCAGCGCGCGCUCGAGCGCGCGGGCCUCCUCGACGUUUUCAAGACACACAUGCGAGUAGACGCGACUGAGUUCUUGUUGCGCGGGAAGGAUGGGAAGGUGUGGUUGCGUCAUACCGAGGAACCGGAUGGAAAGGGUGAUGACUCGGAAGGCCAACCCGAACCUGAACGACCAGAGAUAGACCGGAUCGUGCUGCGCUCUAUCCUCCUCGAUUCCCUCCCUCCCGAUAUGAUCCAAUGGGGAAAGAAACUCGUAUCCCUCACCACCACAUCUGACCCAUCCACCGCCUCGUCCACUACCAAGUUCAAACUCGGUUUCUCAGACGGAACAUCCGCAGGCGACUUCGACAUUAUCGUCGGGGCAGACGGUACCUGGUCCAAAGUCCGCCACCUAACCGAUACCACCCUCCGCGGCUCAAACAAAGUCGACAACAAACCACCCUUCUCAGGUGUCAUCUGCGUCGAAGGAUGCAUUCAAAACCUGUCCGUUCGGUACCCCGAACUCGCCGAAUUCGCUGGAAAAGGCAGCUGCCACAGCAUCGGCGAAAAGUUGAUGCUGGCUUCUCAGUUGAACGGGGACGGGUCGUUGAGGACCUAUGUCAUGUUUGAAGGGCCGGAGGAUUGGAAUUUCCCCCGACCUCGCGAUGCCGAUGUGAAGACGAAGGUCAGGAAGUUCGUUGACGAAUAUAUUCCCUUAGCCGAGUGGAAUGUAGCAGCCAGGAACGUUAUCCUACUCACCGACAUCGACCCGGUGGUUCGCCCUCUGUACGGGUACCCUCCAGGACACCGCUGGACAAGUCCUGUAAAUGGGAUCGUCCUCCUCGGAGAUGCAGCCCACGUCAUGACCCCCUUCGCCGGAGUAGGGGUGAACCUCGCACUACACGACGCACUCGAUCUUGCUUCCGCAAUCGAAGGGAUCGCCGAAAGGAUCACCGAGGAACCUGCGGACAAUCAAGGCGUUGUAUCCAAGGCGAUCGAGGAGUGCCUGGCGAAAUACGAGUCAGCCAUGUUCGAGAGAGCGUCGCAGAACGCUGACAAGACGAUCAAGAACCGAGGUUUGUUCUUGGGCGAGGGAGGGGUGCAGCCUGUCUCCGAGGCUAUGGGAGCCAUAUUGAGCGUUGAUCCAGAAGGGAACCGAAUAGAUUAG